CCUCAGACAACAGAGGUAGAGGGGAAGAGGAAACACUCAGGUUCUCUUAUGGUGUCCGUGGAUCAGCUCAAUACGUCCUUUAGCCGGAAAGAGCGAGCAAACAGUGCAAUGACUGUUGUCACCAACACACUUGUGGAAGAGCUGGAGGAGUCUCAGAGAAAAUGUCCGCCCUGCUGGUAUAAAUUUGCCAACACAUUCUUGAUAUGGGAGUGUUGUCCAAUCUGGAUAAAAAUAAAGGAGAUCGUGAACCUCAUAGUGAUGGAUCCAUUUGUAGAUCUGGCUAUCACUAUCUGUAUUGUGCUGAACACAGUGUUCAUGGCCAUGGAGCAUUAUCCCAUGACUCCGCGCUUCGAGGAGGUGCUUUCUGUUGGAAACCUGGUGUUCACAGGUAUUUUCACUGCUGAGAUGUUUGCAAAGCUAAUAGCCAUGGAUCCAUACUAUUACUUUCAGGAGGGCUGGAAUAUCUUUGAUGGCUUCAUUGUGAGCCUGAGUUUAGUGGAGCUGGGGCUGGCGGAUGUAGAGGGUCUGUCUGUGCUCAGAUCCUUCAGAUUGCUGAGGGUGUUUAAGCUGGCUAAAUCAUGGCCUACUCUGAACAUGCUGAUCAAGAUCAUUGGUAACUCAGUGGGAGCUUUGGGAAACCUGACCCUGGUGCUGGCCAUCAUCGUCUUCAUCUUUGCUGUGGUGGGAAUGCAGCUGUUUGGGAAGAGCUAUAAGGACUGUGUUUGUAAGAUCGCUGAGAGCUGUGAGUUGCCCCGCUGGCACAUGAACGACUUCUUCCACUCCUUCCUAAUUGUGUUCCGGGUGCUGUGCGGAGAGUGGAUCGAGACCAUGUGGGACUGCAUGGAGGUGGCGGGACAGUCAAUGUGCCUCAUUGUGUUCAUGAUGGUGAUGGUCAUCGGAAACUUGGUGGUGCUGAACCUGUUCUUAGCCUUGCUGCUGAGCUCCUUCAGUGCUGAUAAUCUGGCUGCCACAGAUGAUGACGGUGAGAUGAACAACCUGCAGAUCUCCGUCAUCCGCAUUAAGAAAGGCAUUGCUUGGUUCAAAAUUCAUGUACGGCUGCUGGUGGCCCACGUCCUGAAGAAGAAACCUCUGGAAGAUGAAGACAAACCGCUUGAUGACAUGUAUGACAAAAAACUGAACUUAAUGGGCAACCACACCGGCGUGGAAAUCAAAUGUGGUGAUCUGAACUACCCCAAGAACGGGAAUGGCACCACAAGUGGCAUUGGGAGCAGCGUGGGAAAGUACAUGAUUGAUGAGGAGCCCAUGUCCUUCAUCCACAACCCCAACCUGACUGUACGGGUUCCCAUUGCUGUUGGAGAGUCCGACUUUGAGAAUCUGAACACGGAGGACUUCAGCAGCGAAUCGGAUGUGGAAAAUAGCAAAGAUCUGGACGACACUAGCUCUUCUGAAGGAAGUACUAUCGAUAUAAAGCCUGAUGAGGAGGAGAUGGCUGUGGUGGAGGUGGUGGAAGAGUACUUAGAUCCAGAGGCCUGCUGGACUGAUGCUUGUGUGGCGCGCUACAAAUGUUGUGAUGUGCCUAUUACUGAGGGCUGGGGGAAGUACUGGUGGUUUCUGAGGAAAACUUGCUACCUCAUUGUUGAGCACAACUGGUUUGAGACGCUCAUCAUUUUUAUGAUUCUUCUCAGCUCUGGAGCUUUGGCAUUUGAGGAUGUAUAUAUUGAACAGAGGAAAACCAUCCAGAUCAUUCUUGAAUAUGCAGACAGAGUCUUCACAUACAUCUUCAUCCUGGAAAUGUUGCUAAAAUGGGUGGCCUAUGGGUUUGUCAAAUACUUCACCAAUGCAUGGUGCUGGCUGGACUUCUUCAUUGUGGAUGUGUCUAUAGUCAGCCUUAUAGCUAAUGCGCUGGGCUACUCAGACUUGGGCCCCAUAAAGUCCCUGAGAACUUUGAGGGCUCUCAGGCCCCUGAGAGCUUUGUCCCGGUUUGAGGGCAUGAGGGUUGUGGUGAACGCUUUGGUGGGUGCCAUUCCCUCCAUCAUGAAUGUGCUGUUGGUGUGUUUGAUCUUUUGGCUGAUCUUCAGUAUUAUGGGUGUCAACCUGUUUGCUGGAAAGUACUAUUACUGCUUCAACCAGACUGCAGAGGAGUAUUUUCAAGUCGACGUUGUCAAUAACAAGACCGAAUGCUUUGCACUCAUCAAUGCAAACUACACAGAAGUUCGCUGGAAGAACGUAAAGAUCAAUUUCGAUAAUGUGGGCGCAGGUUACCUGGCACUCUUGCAAGUGGCUACAUUCAAAGGCUGGAUGGACAUCAUGUAUGCUGCUGUGGAUUCCAGAAAGGUUGAGGACCAGCCCCUUUAUGAGGACAACAUCUACAUGUAUAUAUAUUUCGUCAUCUUCAUUAUCUUUGGGUCCUUCUUCACCUUGAACCUGUUCAUUGGUGUCAUUAUUGACAACUUUAACCAACAGAAGAAAAAGUUUGGAGGUCAGGAUAUCUUCAUGACAGAAGAACAGAAAAAAUACUACAAUGCUAUGAAGAAACUGGGCUCAAAGAAGCCACAGAAACCCAUCCCUAGACCUCUGAACAAAAUCCAGGGGAUGGUAUUUGACUUUGUCACUCAGCAGGCCUUUGAUAUUUCCAUCAUGAUGCUCAUCUGUCUUAACAUGGUAACCAUGAUGGUGGAAACAGAUGAUCAGUCAGACGAGACAGAGAACAUCUUGUAUUGGAUAAACUUCGUAUUCAUCGUGGCCUUCACUGGCGAGUUCGUCCUGAAACUCUUUGCGCUGCGACACUAUUAUUUCACCAAUGGCUGGAAUGUCUUUGACUGCGUCGUUGUCAUUCUGUCCAUUGUGGGUAUGUUCCUGGCAGACCUCAUCGAGAAAUACUUUGUCUCACCAACUUUAUUCAGAGUAAUCCGUCUGGCUCGAAUCGGCCGAAUCCUGCGUCUGAUUAAAGGAGCCAAGGGCAUCCGGACAUUACUGUUUGCUUUGAUGAUGUCACUUCCUGCUCUGUUCAACAUUGGCUUAUUGCUUUUCCUAGUCAUGUUCAUCUUCUCUAUCUUUGGCAUGUCCAACUUUGCCUACGUGAAGAGAGAAAUAGGAAUUGACGACAUGUAUAACUUUGAAACCUUUGGCAACAGCAUGAUCUGUCUAUUCAUGAUCACCACAUCAGCUGGCUGGGAUGGCCUGUUGGCUCCUAUCUUGAACUAUCCGCCUGACUGCGACCCUAAUAAAGAGAACCCAGGAACCACAGUUAAGGGCAACUGUGGCAAUCCUUCAGUGGGAAUCUUCUUCUUUGUAAUGUACAUUAUCGUGUCUUUCCUGAUUGUGGUGAACAUGUACAUCGCUAUCAUCUUGGAGAACUUCAGCGUUGCCACCGAAGAGAGUGCGGAUCCACUGUGCGAAGACGACUUUGAGUCCUUCUAUGAAAUCUGGGAAAAGUUUGACCCCGACGCUUCCCAGUUCAUCACCUUCGCCAAGCUGCCAGACUUUGCGGAUACAUUAGAGCAUCCCCUCCGUGUGCCAAAGCCAAACAUCAUCGAGCUGAUCGCCAUGGACCUGCCCAUGGUGAGCGGCGACCGCAUUCAUUGCUUGGACAUUCUGUUUGCCUUUACCAAGCGCGUGCUGGGUGACAGCGGUGACCUGGACAUGAUGCGACAGCAAAUGGAGGAGCGCUUUGUGGCAGCCAACCCGUCCAAGGUGUCAUAUGAGCCCAUCACCACCACACUACGGCGUAAGCAGGAAGAGGUGUCAGCCAUCGUGAUCCAGAGAUCUUACCGGUCCCACCUCGCGAGCAGGGGCUUCAUCUGCAAACGCAGGCCUGCCAACAACAAACUGGAGAACGGUGGGGGCAAUCAGGAGAAGAAAGAGGGCACACCUUCCACUGCAUCCCUGCCAUCCUAUGACAGUGUAACCAAGCCCGAGAAGGAAAAGCAGGACGACAACAACGAAGGCAAGGGCCGCAAGGAGAAAGGCCGAAACCAAAAAGAUGUCAGGGAAUCUAAGUGUUAA